AUGGACACGCAAACUCGCGACGCCGUACGAAUCGCGCUUGUCAAGGCCUUUCGCGCCGCCCGUGCGCGCGGUCGCCACGACGGUAUGCGCGAGGCCCGCAAGCGAGAAUGGAUGACGCACCCGGACAGUGACUUCGUGCAAGUUGCGAAGCGCGGCAAGUACAAGAAACACCUCGGGCACUUUCGUGGCAACCCGAUGUUGCAUAAAAGGGAGCGCGAGCAGCUGUGUGAGCUACACGCGUAUUUCUCUCGCUACCGCACUGCGAUCCGCAACGCAAUGGACUCGACGACACCGACACUAUCCUCGCCCUCAUCGACACCUCGCUCAAAUACACGCGGCGGGCGAAUACGCAUCCUGCUGCACUCGCAAUGCAUGCAGAACGUGUUCGGCGCGCCCGGCGAGUACUCCGCCUACUCCAUUCAUAACUAG